AUGGGUAAUCAACAAAGCAGCACACAAUUAAGAUCACAAAAACAUGAAGAAUCAACAACAAAUACAGAAAUUUCAAAUUCUUUUAAAUUAAUUUCUGAUAAUGGAGAAGUUAUUAAUUUAAAUCAAUUUAAAGAAAAAUUUGGUGAAAGACUUGGUUCUUCUCUUUGGAAUUUUUUUCAACAAAAUUCUGACAUAAUGGAUAAACAAAAAUUUGAGAAUAUUGCAAAUAAAUUGAAUAAAAUUAGCUCUUUUGGACUUUUUGAAGUUUGUGUUGAAUUAGCAAAUAUAAAAAUAAACAAAAAUGAUGAAUUUUUUGUAAAUUCUUUUUGUAAACAAAUGACAUCAAAAGGUGAUGAUAUAAAUUCAACUAAUUUGUGGAUAGAAGAAAAUUGUCCGAGACUUGUUGAGCCUGUUUUUGACAAAAUUAAUAAAAUUUUCUUUGGAAAACAAAAUAUAAUUUUAAAUAAUUUACAAUCAGAAAUUCUGUCUCCAAUUCAAUUUUUUGUUUUACGACAAAGUUUACCAACAACUAUUUUUUGGCCUAAACCUAUAUCAAUUGAUUCUCGGGAGGAUUGGACUUUGCUAUAUUCUAGUACAAAAAAUGGACUUUCUGUAAACAGGUUUGAAGCAAAUGUUUUUGACUAUCGAGGACCGACUGUAGCUAUUUUUAACUUAACUGAUAACCAACUUUAUGGAAUUGCUGCAGAUGAAGAAUGGAGGCACAGCUGCAAGUCUUUUGGGGGCCCUCAAUGUGUACUUUUUAAAUUUUCUCCAGAAUUUAGAAGGAUUGAUUUACCUUCCCCUGCCUUAUAUUGCAAGUUUUUUUUUGAAAUUUUUGUUAUUUAA